CUCAUCAGUCCUAGUCGGUCGACGCUCCAGAACGGACACGCACGACGGGACACGGGGACAAGACAAACAAAUCGUUGCCAAGAUGGCCGGUGCCGCGACCACCAUGACGAUGCCCAGGAAGACGGUGGUGCUCUACCCGUCGCCGGGCAUGGGCCACCUGGUCUCCAUGAUCGAGCUCGGGAAGAUCUUCGCCGCCCGCCACCUCGCCGUCACAAUCGUCGUCGUCGACCCGCCGUUCAACACCGGCGCGACGGCCCCGUUCCUUGCCGGCGUCUCGGCGGCCAACCCUUCCAUAUCCUUCCACCGUCUCCCCCCGGUGAAGCUCCUCGAGCCGGUGGAGUCCAAGCACCAGGAGGCGCUGACCUUCGAGGUCGCCCGCGUCUCCAACCCGCACCUCCGCGACUUCCUCCUCGCCGGCGGCGCCUCCCCGUCCGUCCUCGUCAUCGACUUCUUCUGCAGCGUGGCCCUGGACGUGGCCGCGGAGCUCGGCGUCCCGGCCUACUUCUUCUUCACGUCGGGCGCGGCGAUCCUGGCUUUCCUGCUCCAUCUCCCGGUGCUGCACGGCCAGAGCACGGCGAGCUUCCGGGACAUGGGGGAAGAAGAGAUGGUGCACGUGCCGGGGAUCCCCUCGCUGCCGGCGACGCACCUCAUCCUGCCGAUCAUGGACCGCGACGACGCAGCAUACACGGGGUUCCUGAACAUGUGCGGCGACCUGUGCCGUUCCCAGGGGGUCAUCGUCAACACCUUCCGCUCGCUGGAGCCUCGCGCGGUGGACGCCAUCGCCGCCGGGCUCUGCACACCGUCAGGCGUGCCGGCUCCUCCGGUGCACUGCAUCGGACCGCUGGUGAAGCAGGAGGAGACGGCCGUGAGCCGCGGCGGCGUGGAGUGCCUGGCGUGGCUGGACACCCAGCCCGAGGCGAGCGUGGUGUUCCUCUGCUUCGGCAGCCUCGGCCGGUUCGACGUGAGGCAGACGAGGGAGGUGGCGACGGGGCUGGAGGCGAGCGGGCAGAGGUUCGUGUGGGUGGUGCGGAGCCCACCCAGCGACGACCCGGCGAGGAAGUACGAGACGCCGCCGGAGCCCGACCUGGCCGCUCUCCUUCCUGAGGGCUUCCUGGAACGCACCGAGGGCAGGGGCCUCGUGAUCAAGUCGUGGGCGCCGCAGCGCGACGUGCUGGCGCACGGCGCGGUGGGCGGUUUUGUGACGCACUGCGGGUGGAACUCGGUGCUGGAGUCCGUCAUGGCGGGCGUGCCGAUGCUGGCAUGGCCGUUGUACGCGGGGCAGCGUAUGAUUAGGGUUUUCUUGGAGGAGGAGCUCCGGCUGGCCGUGGCGGUGCAAGGGUACGACAAGGAAGGCGGCGUUGUGGAGGCCGGGGAGGUGGCGGCGAAGGUGAGGUGGAUGAUGGACUCCGACGGCGGGAGGGCGCUCCGGGAGCGCGCGCAGGCGGCGAUGCGACGGGCCAGGGAGGCUGUCUGCGAGGGCGGGGAGUCUGAGGUGACGUUGGCACGUCUGGUGGACGCGUGGACACUUGCUUGAUCUGUUAUUGUUACUUCGUGGUACUGCUUGUGUUAGAUCGGGCGAGUUAUCAUGUCCGGCGAUAAAGUUGGUCUCGUGGUGAUCUUGGUUGCUCUUGGUGGCCAAU